GGGGGGUUCAAGUGACGAAUGUCCAGACUGGCAAGCCUGUGAGGAUAGGAUGUCCCUCCAGAGUUGUUGACCUCCUCCUAUCCAGCCCCCUCAUCCUCUUUUAUGGACUGGGUGUCAUAUUUUCCCUUUGCUUUUCAGGCUGUGCACACUGGGAUAGCCUCCACCACUUGUUCCCAGACUCUCGCCUCCAUCUCAACAGCUCCAGGAGCUGUCCCCAAACCCCUAAGUAAGAGUGGAGCCAUCUCAUCAAGAACCCAGAGGAGAUACCUUUCUAAUCGAAACUAUUCCUUUACCUUUAGGGGAGGAGAAGGGGUUUCGGUACAAUCCUCCCAGAGUUUCCCUCGUUGACUUUAAACUGGGACCCUAAAUCUGAGACCUGUUGAUUUGGAACGUGCGAGAGGAUGAAGGGGUUGUGGCUGGUUUUGGCAGCUUUCUGCCUAGCCCUGGUCAACCUGGGUGCCCGGGCCGAUGAUGGACUCGACUUCCCAGAGUAUGACGGAGAGGACAGAGUCAUCCACAUCAACUUGAAAAACUAUAAGGCUGCCCUAAAGAAGUACGAAGUCUUGGCCUUGCUAUACCAUGAACCUAUUGAGGAGGACAAAGCUUCCAAAAGACAGUUUGAGAUGGAAGAACUGAUACUAGAGUUAGCUGCCCAAGUCCUGGAAGAUAAAGGGGUGGGAUUUGGGUUGGUGGACUCUGAAGAAGAUGCCGCAGUAGCCAAAAAAUUAGGACUGCACGAAGAAGACAGUAUCUAUGUGUUUAAGGAUGACGAGAUUAUUGAGUACGAUGGAGAGUUUUCAGCGGACACUUUGGUGGAGUUCCUGCUUGACGUUCUGGAGGACCCAGUGGAAUUCAUUGAUGGAAGUCACGAACUUGCCGCCUUUGAGAAUAUUGAAGAUGAACCGAAGCUGAUUGGAUAUUUCAAGAACGAGGAUUCUGAGCAUUACAAGGCCUUUGAGGAUGCAGCUGAAGAAUUCCACCCCUACAUCCCAUUCUUUGCCACUUUUGACAGCAAGGUCGCCAAGAAGUUGACCUUGAAGCUCAAUGAGAUUGACUACUACGAGCCAUUCCAUGAUGAGCCCGUGACUAUUCCCAACAAGCCCAACAGCGAGAAGGAGAUUGUAGACUUCCUGCACCAACACAAGAGACCAACACUGAGAAAACUCCAGCCUGACAGCAUGUAUGAGACCUGGGAAGAUGAUUUGAAUGGAAUCCACAUUGUAGCUUUUGCAGAAGAGGACGAUCCCGAUGGUUAUGAAUUCCUGGAAAUCAUCAAAGAGGUUGCAGAAGACAAUACAGAUAACCCAGACCUCAGCAUUAUCUGGAUUGACCCUGAGGACUUCCCAUUGUUGAUUCCCUACUGGGAGGAGAAGUUUGGCAUUGACCUGUCUCGCCCUCAUAUCGGUGUGGUGAAUGUGACAGAUGCCGAUAGUGUUUGGAUGGACAUGGAUGAUGAAGAAGACCUGCCUACAGUAGAUGAACUGGAAGACUGGAUUGAAGAUGUUCUGGAUGGAGAUAUCAAUACUGAAGAUGACGACGACGACGAUGACGACGACGACGAUGAUGAUGAUGAUGACGACGACGAUGAUGAUGACGACGAUGACGAUGAUGAUGACGACGAUGAUGACGAUGAUGACGACGAUGAUGAUGACGAUGACUAAACAGUCAUUGAUUAAGUCGUUAGCAUCUAACUAUGUUAUACAUAUGUUAUUCACACGACAAAAAAUCUAAUUUUAGUAACAACAUAUUUUUAUAUGAAUUCUCGGAAGCCAAUUGAGCUUCACAUUGAUCACAUCUACUUCAAAUCACACAAAUCUACAACAAAUAUGGUUCACCCAAGGCUGUGGGCAAAGGGCAUCUCUUAAGAUAUCUUCUAUAAUCAACCAGGGCCACCCAAAAAUGUAAAUUUUAUGACUACAUGAUGACUAUGUCCCUUGUGUACUCUCGUAGAUAACCACCUAAAGCUCACAGAAAUAUAAGUAACCCCGUAUUAAAGAGAACUCAUCAAAAGGACAGACUCCAUUUCUGCAAUUUCAAUGCCAAACUAGUGGGCAUGGCUGUGCCAUGGUCGCCUGUCGUGCCAAUCAAAGGGUUAAAUACUCCAACUCCAUUAAAAUGUGCCAGGUCUAACGGGAAGAUGGCUCUAUGAUGCUUUUUACCUAUGCUAAAUGGUUAAGAGGGUUUACAAAAAGACCGGCUGAAUUCAAUAGCUGUUUUUUAAUCCCGACUGGCACUUUAAGUGUGGGCGAGACUGCAUUGUUGUAGCCACAAAAUUAGCGCUAUUAGGGUAUCUGUAUGUUGUCCUAAUGAAAGAAGUCUGUCCUAGUGAUGAAUCCUUAUCUCAUAUCACAGGAGACAUAAAAAAAUAUAUAUUUCAUAUCGGCCUCCCAUACUAUACAACUACCCCUGUCUCCUGUGCGGACAGAAAUUUGGACAUUUUGCAUUUUGAUGUUUAUAUGGAACGGAAUCCUGUCUAUAAAUGUAUGCAUCACUGUCAAGGUCUUAAAAGUUCUCUACUGUGACCUCUGUGGAAAGAAAAUAAUUCCCACUAUUCGGAAAAAAAGAAAAAUGAUAACAC